AUGAUCCCAAGUGUGUUUACUCUCGUUGUAUGUGUAUACCACAAAUUGUUGAACAAAUCAGGAAGCAGUUCAUAUGCAGGAAGAAGCAAGCAAGAGGCAGCGUGCGAAGGGCUGAUUACUGGAGUGUGCGUCGAUGAGGAAGUGGCUGCUGCUGUUCAGGACGAGGUGGCGCUCGAUGGAGAUACCAUGAAAAUCGAGCAUUUUGAUGUUCUGCUUAGCAAGCAAUCCGAGAAGCCGUAUACUGGCGGUGAGACCGUUCAGGGCCAAGUGGAAAUAAGCGCACUGGAACGAGUCAAAGUAGGGCGACUGAUCGUGAAACUUAUCGGCCAGGUACAGACGGGAUGGAAAAAUAAAAACAGCGAGGUUCUAUACGAGAGCAAUGAGCAAGUGCUCAAUGAAUAUGUUGAUUUAACACGGUACGUUCAAUUCUAUCGUCAGCAGCUGGCAUUAAAAAGCCCGUAA